AUGGCCUAGUUCUACAAAGAUAAGAUUGGAAAUUAGUCGGCAAAUCAGGAACCAGCUUGUGGCAUAAGCAGAACACACGUUGACAAGACAGGGACAAUGUUGCAUCUUCUAGUAGCAGGUCUGGUGGCGACUGUCGUUAUAGUCGAGUCAGUCGGUGUGUGUCCGACUGACCCCCCGGGCAUGGUAUAUGGGUGUAUGUACUCGCCACAGUGCUUCGGGGACGGGUCCUGUGAUGCAGGGCAGAGGUGUUGUCCUCAUACGUGCGGCGCCCGGUGUGUUACGUUAGUCCACUGCGAUCCGGUCGACUGCGGCGCACUCACGUGUUCUUACGGCUUCCAGAAAGACAGUCGGGGUUGCAAGACGUGCACCUGCAGAACAUCCAAACCUUGCACUACCUUGCUGUGUAGGCUGACUGAAACUCUGGGAUAGGGACAUCACUGGCAGGACACGACCACUAUGACUAUCUGUCCACUCUAUGUAUUUUGUGGGCAUUCCAUGGUGUAAACUUGAAAUAAAUCGACAACUGUU